UCACCCUCAUCCGGGCCCUUCCUCCGUCCUCCUCUCUGACAGCACCAUGACGCCGUGGGGAGGCCUGGCUCACUCCGAAUCCUCCUUCGCUUCCAUUCCUCCGGCGCUCCCUCCUCGACCCCCUCAGCCUCCGCCUCCUCCGGCUCCUCUGCCCACGCCGUCCGCCCCUUAUCGAGGGAGACCAGAGGAGGACGAAGAAAGUUCUGGUUCAAGUUUUAACUCUGAGAUUCCCUCUCCAUCUCUGGCAAUCCCUCAGAACAGUGCAGGCGGUUUGGGUCGAGGGUUGCGGUCGAGGAGAAGAGUGUUGCCUCAGCGUCGGGUUCCUCGUCCUCCUCGUCUCCCACCGCUGCGUCCCAUCACCAACCUCAGCUUCUCCCGGAGCUUCACGUUCUCCUUCUUCGAGCUGCCGCUGCACCAGAGUCCUCGCUGCCGGGCCGAACGCAUCCGGAACCUCCUGCUGCUCCUAAAACAGAUUCACUUCUGA